AUGGUGCAAAUUUGGCAGAUGGAUCCGUACAUAUAUGGUGAUCCGAGGCUACCGCAUCAUGUGUUUCCACCAAAGAUCGUCACACCAGACGAACUAUCACGGAGGACCGGAACGCUAUACUGGAAGGUCGACAUGCAAGAUCGCCUUGCUCUUUCAAAGCGUCUGAGAAUCAUGAGACAAGAAAGGAAACUCAAUAAGGAAGAUCUUUUCACCCUUGACGCCAAUGCAACACCCAAUUUCAGUGAUAAGAUUGAGGAACUGUUCAAAGAAUCGGCUCACCCGGAAGACCAGGCAAUAUUGAUCAUGGACGGCAGCGCCUAUUAUGAUGUGGAGGAUAAGAAAGGUAUUUGGAUGCGCAUUCUCUGCGAAUACGGCGAUCUCAUCGUGAUUCCGGGCAACACUUCGUUCCGUCUCACUACAACACCACAGGUGAAAUAA